AAGGAUGACUCACCAGAAUCUUCACUUACACAUCCACCACUGGGAUUAGAGCCCUCGGGAUGUCGUUACAGCUUGUAUCUAGAUGUCUCAAGAAGCCUCGCGUGGUCAUAGCUGGGGCGUUUCAGAGGUGGCUGGAUGUAGAGGCACUGGAGUUGGCUGUAAAAUACAAAACACAUGUUGAUACAGUUCUUGCUUACCGUCAAAAGUUUUUAGAGACAUUUGGUAAACAGGAAACUAAUGAUCGAUAUUUGCAAUAUGCAGAAGGUCUCCAAGUAGAUUGGGAGAAAAUCAAAAUCAAAAUUCAGAUGGAAAUUACUAAAGAACGAGAGCGAUCAUCAAACAGCCAGUCCAAUAAGAAUGCAGGUCUAAAGCUCUAAAUACCUUGCCAACCUUUAAGAAAUUUUGAAAUUAAUUCUGAUGAACCAAAGAUAAGCAUGUUUGGGUUGCAAACGCAAGAGAUACUAUCUUUAAUUCUAAUCUAUAAUCUUUAAUUGUAAGCACUUUCUCUGUAUUUAAUAUAUAAAAGUGUAAUCAGAAAGAGUAAGCACAAAAUAAUUGAUAUAACUUCAACUUUAUAUUUUCUAGUCUAAUAUUUAGCAAAGCAUUUCUGUAACUUCUCUAUACCUGAGUAGUGUUGAUUACAUUCCAUUUUUUGUUCAUUACUUUAUCCCUGAAUCUUUAGGCAUGAACAAAUAUUAAUGCUGAUAAAAAACAUUGGACUCUUUAAAAUGUUAUUAUUAAUUUUUGUUUGGCCUCCUAAAUUGUAAAGUGCCUCCAAGAGCUUAUUUAUACCAAGACAUACAGAUGAAUUUGUGAAAAUAUAUAACCAUUUAGAUACUUGUACACCAAAGUUCAGAGUAGCUUUCUUUGAAUAGCAAAAGUUAGAAAAACUCCAAUGUCCAUCAACAGAUGAGUGAAUAGAUCAGUGUGGUAUCCACAUACAAUGGAGUAUCAUUCCGCUUUACAAAGGAUUGAAUUCUGAUACACACUACAACAUAGAUGAACCUUGAGAAAAUAGGCUAAGUGAAAUAAACUCAGCGACACAAAAGGUCCUAUAGUGUAUGGUCCACUUAUGUAAGGCACCUAGAAUCAGCAAGUUCAUAGAAACAGGAAGGACAGCAGUGGUUAUCAGGGACUAAGGGGGAGGAGAGGUUGGGAGUUCAUUGUCUAAUGAGUAAGGAGUUUUGUUUGGAAUAAACAAAUUAUGGAAAUGGGUAGUGAUGAAAUGGGUAGUGAUGUUGGUUGUACAACAUUUAGAAUUUUAAUGACACUGAAUUUUACUCUUUUGCGGGGGUAGUACUGGGAAUCGAACACAGGACCUCAUGCCUGCCAGGCAGGCGCUGUGCUGUUGAACUGUAUCCUGAGCCCGAGUUGAACUCUUAAAAAUGAUUUUAAAAGGGCGUGGGAUGUGGCUUAGUGGUAGAGUGCUUGCCUAGCAUUUGGACUGGGCUCAGUCCUUAGCACUGUAAGAAAGUUUUCUUUGGAUGGUAAAUUUUGUUAUAUAGACAGUAUCUCCGUAAUUUUAUAAACAUCUAGAAUGAGCAACAGGUAGUAUUCUCACUCCUAGCAAUAGGGCCCUAGAUUCUGAGUUUGUGAAAGUCUUACUACGUGAUAAAUCUGUGUGACUAUCCUUAAUUCAAUUAACAAUUGUUAAUUUUUUAACAAUAACACAAAUACUUUUAGAAAGUCUUCCAUGAACUUGUUUUUGGAAAUGCUAUAUUAUAGAGUGUGUGUGUGUGUGUGUGUGUGUGUGUAUGGGAAAGCCAUUACUUCUUUUACUUCCAUUUUAAUUACUAAGUUUCUAUAGAAAUACUUACUUUUUUAAUAGAAAUACUUACUUUUAAGUGCAUUUGUUUUCUUUUUGGAAAUGUUGGAAUAUAUUGCUCUUGCUCCAGAUGCCAGAUACAAAGAUCUGUUAAGUUUGUGAAAUCUGAUUGAGUAGUUUACUUAUAUUGUACUUACAUGCUUACAUAUACUUUCUAUAUGUUGUAUUUCAAUGAAAAGUUAAAAAGAAAAAAUACCUUAAAGGGUAAAUUUUAUGUUAUGUGUAUUUUACCUGAAUAAAAAAAAAAUGAAGUGGGUCUGCUCUAAAA